CGGAAGCUUCAUAGGCUAGUCCUAAGCUGGGUAAGUAUAAGUUAAAGCACGUUUGGCAUCGCCAUUCUCUGAUAACACUGCCUAAGGUCAGAGCCUCAGAGGUGGUGCUGGAUCCCACCAUCUCACUCCAAAAUGAACAAACCCCUAUUCCUCCUCCUAAUCGUCCUAAUCGGCGCGGCCCAGGCCCAGGCCCAGGCCCAGCCCCAGCCCCAGCCCAACAACGACGCUCCCGUCCAAAACCUAAACCAGUUCAACCCAUCCCUCGCCGUAGUCAUCAUCAUACUCGUCGCCGCCCUUUUCCUCGUCGCCUUCUUCUCCAUCUACAUCCGCCACUGCGCCGAUUCCUCCCCCAACUCCCUGGGCCCGGCCGCCGCCGCCGCCGCCGCACGCGCCAGGAGAGCGGCGCGUGGGCUGGACCCCGAACUCAUCGAAACUUUCCCCAUCCUGGAAUACUCGGAAGUGAAGAUCCACAAAAUCGGAAAAGAAGCGCUGGAGUGCGCCGUCUGCCUCUGCGAGUUCGAGGACACCGAAACGCUGCGUUUGAUUCCAAAGUGCGACCACGUCUUCCACCCUGAAUGCAUCGACGAGUGGCUCAAAUCGCACACCACGUGUCCCGUCUGCAGAGCCGACCUCGCUCCGGCCGAACCUCACGACGCCAACGCCAACGCCAACGCCAACGCUAUCGAUAUUCCAGAUCCCGAUGCGCCAGACUUGGAAGCGCAAAACGACGCCGUUGAGACCGCUCCAGAGCGGCAGAACGCCGAGGCUGAAAGAGUACUGCCUGAACCUGAAGUCGUUUCCCUGGACAAGACGCUGAACCGGAACCGGACGCGAGGCUCGCGGUCGAACCGGACGCGGCGGUUUCCGCGGUCGCACUCGACCGGUCACUCGCUGGUCCAACCCGGGGAGAACACGGAGCGGUUCACUCUGAGGCUUCCGUUGGAGGUGAGGAAGCAGUUACUGAACCGGCAAUUGCAACGCGCGAGCAGCGUGAUCGUGUUGCCGAGGGAAGGUAGUUCUCGGCUAGGUUACCGAAACGGUGGAGAGGGAAGUAGCAGAGGGAAGGCUUCGAGGAGCGUGAAAUCGGAGCGCUGGAUUUUCACCAUGGCUGCGCCGUUUUUGGCCAGGGCCUUGUCUCUUAGGUCGCCUAGGGUGCGGAACGACGACGUUGAAGGAACGGCCUCCUCGUCUUCCACCGCGCCGAUUAUGCCGCCGUCGGCCGUUGACUCCGCCAAGCCUCCGGUUUGACCUGGUUUCACCAACUCCUUUUUUUUAUUUAUUUUUUCCUUGUAUUUUUUUAUUUUUUUAUAUCGUUUCCUUGUAGGGCACGACUUUUUUUAUUUAAUUUUUUUUGGUGCAAAAUUUGUAAAGUAUGUGUAAUUAAUAAGUUAGCAUGUUUAUUCGUAGGCCGGUUUCAGAGUAACUGGAAGAUGAUAAAUUUGAUACGGUCUAUUUGUUUUGUUAA